GGAGGUAGUGGCCCGCGCCCCACAGCCGCGUCAACUUCGAAGCGUUAUUGUCGCUUCUUUCGAAAUCAUAUAUAAACUUUUUUUCUUUUAUAAUUACACAUUCAACCUAUAUUAUAAAUAUAUAUAUUCUUUAUAUUACCCUUUUUAUUUGCAUUUUUUCCUCGUCAAAAAAAAAAAACGAUACGAACGAGGAACACCCAAACGACCCGGCUUCUUAACAGUGAAGUAUCGCACCUACUUCGUUUUCCCUGUUUUUGUUUUCUUGGGGGAGGUUUUUUUUCUUCCGAGUAAAAUAUACGCUUUAGGUAAUAUACUUAGAAAACGAGAAAACAAAUCGAAGUGGCGCGUGCGAUCGACGUGCUUCAGUGAAGCCCGGCGCUAGGGGUGAAAGCUCGCGUCAAGCAGACCACCCUCGUUGAUCGUGUGACACAUCUCCGUGCAGGUAGGACAACGGAUCAACAGAAAAGUGUUAGAGAGAGAGAGAGAGAGAGUGUACUCUCUGUGCCCUCUGGAUAGGUGCCGCUCGAGUCUUCCUUCGGAGCUUUUCAACCCUCGUUUAAUCUUCAGGAGGAAUCAGAAACGUCGCCGCCCAAUCACCGAAUCGUGUUUGUUGCACCCAUGCUCUAGUGAAGGCAUCAGGGGAAGUUACCGAGAAGGAGCGGCAGGAUGUGGCGAUUACUCGUCUUUUGGAUCCUAGCGAUCAACUUGGCGAGGAUCGAUGGAAGAACCGCGGUUGUACCUCACGACGUUUAUCCGGGUUAUGACAUAACCCGAUUUCGCGGUGAUUCGAAACAACAACCAUCGAGGUUUCGUUUACUUGACAAUGCUUUCUCCAAGUAUUUCACCGUUUUGAAGAAUGGCCUUGUCAUGACAACGUCGAAACUCGAACCGUUGCUAUAUCAACCUGGACCUAUCAAUUUGGUCGUUUUAGAAGAAUUAGCAAACGGUACGAAAUCUCACGAUCUACAAUUGUACGUGAUAGAUCGUCAUCACCAGAUAACAUUCUCUCGGGAACGUCUCGGUGAAGGUGAAGUGAAAGAAAAUUCACCCGCCGGUACUCUGAUCGAUGGAUUUCCAGUUUUAAGAGCACGCGGCAACUUUCCCGUUCAUUAUACCAUUUUACCAGACGAAAGUGGUGAAAGACCAUUCGCUUUGAAAGAAGAUCAUUCGAACGAUAGUGGUUUUAACAUUACACUUAAGUCAGUCAGGCAAGGAGUCAGUGUGGUAACAACUAAGCCAUUAGAUCGCGAAAUAAAAGAAAAAUACAAGUUGGUGAUACGUGCGUUCGGUCGUAAUUACGUGAGCAGCACUCAAAUCGGUGGUUUUGUUCGUGUAAUUGAUGAAAAUGAUAAUAGUCCUGUUUUCGAGAAGGAUGUUUAUACCUUCGAAAUUCGGCCUACGAAUAUUGAGGAUUUGAGAGAGGGCAUCGACAUAGUUCCAUCAUGGAAAAGAUUUAUGACGAUAGGCAAGCUCGUAGCCAAGGAUGCCGAUGGUGACAAAUUGGCUUAUAGAAUGCUUACCAAUACGGAUCUUCUGGUCGUCGUUCCACAAACGGGUGAACUUUUGUUAGUCAAUGAACCCGAUUUAGCUCCUGAAGAAGACACGGAACGACGUUUUCUCGUCGAAGCACACGAUCUUCGUACGCCACAGAAAAUCUCAGAAAAGCCGGCUAAAGUAAUCGUCAGAUUUCUAACCUCGGUAAACGUUGUCGAGCCGGAACCUCACAAGAUUCGUAAGAGACGUGUCACCAGAGCUGUCAGGCCUACUAAGAAGAUCGAUUUUUCCGAGGCCGAUGGCGACGUAGUUGGAAAAAUAGCUUUUCAUCUUGAGAAGGAAAACGAAAAGGAAACUUAUAAGAUCAGAGACGAGAACAAGUGGGUUACGGUUGGAUCCAAUGGAUCCGUCAUGGUCAAACAAAAGUGGGAUUAUGAAGCUCUCGGACUCGAAAAGACUAUCGAUUUUUGGGUUACCAUAACUAACAUGGAGCUGUCCGAAGAACUGUGUGCACGGUUUUACAUCGAUUACCCGUGUCCAUUCGAAGACGAUACGGACAAUCAACGUGUCAUUAUCAACAUGAAGGACGUGAACGACGAGCCACCUUACUUCAUUAACCGUCCUCUACCCAUGCAGACUGUUGUACAGCUGAAUGCACCACCAAACACGCACGUGUUCACGUUACAAGCAAGGGAUCCUGAUACCGAUCACAACAUUCACUACUUUAUUGUUAGAGACCGGACCGGUGGUCGUUUCGAGGUCGAUCAAAGAUCAGGCGUAGUACGUACUCGUGGUACCGAUCUCUUUCAGCUGGACAUGGAAUACGUUCUUUAUGUAAAAGCGGAAGAUCAGAAUGGUCGAAUAGAUGAGAGACAUUACCAGUCGACUACGGAGGAACGACUAUCGAUCGUUGGUGGCAAACGUGCACCGCAAUUCUACAUGACCGCUUACGAAGCUGAAAUUCCAGAAAAUCAAAAGAAAGAUUCCGACAUCAUAUCGGUUAAAGCCAAGUCAUUCGCCGAUCGUGAAAUUCGUUAUACGUUAAAAGCUCAAGGACAAGGUGCUGCAGGAACGUUUAAUAUUGGUCCCACUUCUGGUAUCGUCAAGUUAGCAAAAGAACUCGAUUUUGAGGAUUUACGUCAACCACACAUAUAUUCGUUGAUAGUUACUGCUACAGAAGAUUCUGGUGGAUUUUCAACGACGGUCGAGUUAACCAUUAGAGUUUCCGACGUGAAUGACAACGCUCCAAAGUUCGAGUUACCAGACUAUCAAGCUCACAACGUCGACGAGGAUAUUCCUUUGGGUACCAGCAUACUAAAAGUUAAGGCAACCGAUGCCGAUUCUGGGGCAAACGCGGAAAUCGAAUAUUUAGUGUCGGACGAUCAUUUCAGCGUUGAUUCGAACGGUAUCAUCGUAAAUAAUAAACAACUGGAUGCAGACAAUAAUAAUGCAUACUACGAAUUCGUAGUUACGGCUAAAGAUAAAGGUACACCAUCGAAGACCGGUACGGCUACUGUACGAAUUUAUACUAAAAAUAAAAAUGACGAGGAACCAAAAUUUUCUCAACAAGUGUAUACGCCAAACGUUGAUGAAAAUGCUGGACCAAAUACAUUGGUGACAACCGUGGUAGCGUCCGACAAGGACGGUGACAACGUUCGUUUCAGAUUCGUUGGUGGAAAUAUUACGUCGGGACAAUUCGUUAUCGAAGAAAUUACUGGAGUUAUUCGUCUUCACGGUGACAAAAUAACAUUGGAUCGUGACAAAUACGAACUCAACGUGACAGCAUUGGACGAUGGUGCAUGUUGUUUGAAUGGGGAUGCAACGAUACAUACCAGUACAGCUGUCGUCGUUGUUUUCAUAACCGACGUUAACGACAACAAACCGGUGUUCAAAGAUUGCGGAACUUACAAUCCUAAAGUCGAGGAAGGUGCUCCUAAUGGAAGUCCUGUGAUCAAGGUACAAGCUACCGACGAAGAUAAAGGUGUCAAUGGGCAAGUGAAAUAUUCCAUAGUACAACAACCUAAUCAGAAAGGAACUAAAUUUAUGGUGGAUGAGGAAACUGGCCAAGUAUCCACUAAUAAGGUAUUUGAUCGUGAGGGUGACGACGGAAAGUUUGUAUCAGUUACUGUAAAAGCUACGGAUCAGGGUGAACCAUCCUUGGAAGGAGUUUGUUCCUUCACCGUUGAGAUAACUGACGUUAAUGACAAUCCACCGUUAUUCGAUCGUCAAAGAUACGUGGAAAAUGUUAAACAAGAUGCAAGUAUUGGUACUAAUAUUCUGAGAGUAUCGGCCUCUGACGAAGAUGCCGACAACAAUGGCGCUAUAACAUAUACAUUGAGCGCACCUAACAACGAUCAAGGCUUGGAGUACUUUGAAAUCCAACCAGAAUCUGGUUGGAUCGUAUUAAAGAAGCCACUAGAUGAGCAGGUGGGAACGACAUUUUUUGACCCCCACCGUGACACCUAUCGCCUACGAGUACGGGCCUCCGACAGAGGGAUGCUAGUCUUGUACGCAGACGUGGACGUUGAGUUAGACGUCGUAGACAGGAACAAUAAACCACCUGUGUGGGAUGCGAAUGUAUACGGCCCCAUUCACAUCAAAGAAAAUGUCACAGUGGGUACUGUAGUGACGUCGGUGAAAGCCAGUUCUGGAAUCGAAAAUAAUCCAACGGUCUUUUACCACUUAAUGCCUGGUUCUACGGCACAAACGAACAAGUAUCACACCUUUUAUCUUCAGCAACGUGCUGAACAAUCGGUAACGUGGGCGGAUAUCAAAGUUAACCAUCCGUUGGAUUACGAGAGUAUAAAGGAAUACAAUUUGACGAUACGUGUUGAGAACAAUGGAGCGCAACAACUUGCAUCAGAAGCGACGGUUCACAUUAUGUUGGAGGACGUUAACGACGAGAUACCACUUUUCACCGAACGUGAACAGGAGACCGUGUUAGAGGGUGAACCGAUCCGUAGUAAGGUUACUCAGGUCAACGCCAUCGACAAGGAUGGUACUUUCCCGAACAAUCAGGUUACGUAUUAUAUAGUGGACAGCGACAGAAACGAAGGAAAGAAUUAUUUCGAGAUUAACCGUGAGACCGGUGAGAUUUUUACUAAAAUAGUCUUCGAUCGUGAGAAACAAGGUGCUUAUGCUCUUGAGGUUGAAGCCAGAGAUGGGGCACCAUCAGCGAGACCCAAUAACAAUGGUCAACCAAAUUCAGUAACGAAAUUCAUUCGGAUUGGAAUAGCCGACAAGAACGACAACCCACCUUACUUCGACAAAAGCCUCUACGAGGCUGAGGUAGACGAGAAUGAGGACAUUCAACAUACAGUUCUUACUGUCACCGCCAAAGACCACGACGAGUCCUCGCGUAUUCGAUACGAGAUUACGAGCGGUAACGUAGGCGGUGCAUUUGCUGUGAAGAACAUGACCGGCGCAAUUUACGUCGCCGGUGUUUUGGAUUAUGAAACCAGGAAAAGGUACGAGCUUCGUCUCACAGCAUCGGAUAGCUUGGAAGAGAAUAAUACAACAGUCGUGAUACACGUGAAGGACGUAAAUGAUAAUCCACCUGUCUUUGAGAGACCGAAUUAUAGAACUCAGAUAACCGAGGAAGAUGAUAGGAAUUUACCAAAACGAGUGCUUGGGGUCACUGCAACCGACGGGGAUAAGGAUAGACCUCAAAACAUCGUAUAUUUCUUGACGGGACAGGGAAUCGAUCCAGACAACCCGGCCAACAGUAAAUUUGACAUCAAUCGGACUACAGGAGAGAUUUUCGUCCUCAAACCAUUGGAUAGAGACCAACCGAAUGGACGACCUCAAUGGCGAUUCACUGUUUUCGCUCAGGACGAGGGUGGGGAAGGUUUAGUAGGAUACGCCGAUGUACAGGUCAACCUCAAAGAUAUUAACGAUAAUGCACCGAUAUUCCCACAGGGAGUAUAUUUUGGUAACGUUACUGAAAAUGGAACGGCAGGAAUGGUCGUAAUGACCAUGACAGCGGUAGAUUACGACGAUCCUAGCGAAGGUACCAAUGCAAAAUUAGUAUACUCGAUCGAAAAAAAUGUUAUCGAGGAAGAAACUGGAACACCGAUAUUCGAAAUUGAAUCUGAGACAGGGGUUAUCAAGACGGCCGUUUGUUGUUUGGACAGAGAACGCACACCUGAUUAUUCUAUACAAGUUGUCGCGGCGGAUGGAGGGGGGUUAAAAGGUACCGGGACGGCAUCUAUACGAGUUAAGGAUAUAAAUGACAUGCCACCACAAUUUACAAAAGAAGAAUGGUUUACCGAAGUAGAUGAAACCGAAGGACCUGAUUUACCCGAAAUGCCAAUACUCACCGUAACUGUUCACGACGAAGACGAAACCAAUAAGUUCCAAUACAAGGUAAUCGAGAGUAGCGGUUACGGUGCUGACAAAUUUACUAUGGUGAGAAACAACGACGGUACUGGAUCAUUGAAGAUAGUUCAAUCUCUUGAUUAUGAAGAUCAAUUGCAAAGCAAUGGUUUUCGAUUUAGAAUACAAGUAAAUGAUAAGGGGGAAGACAAUGACAAUGACAAGUAUCACGUUGCAUAUUCUUGGGUGGUUGUCAAAUUAAGAGACAUCAAUGACAAUCAACCGCAAUUUGAAAGAGCCAACAUAGAAUCUAUUGUACCGGAAAAUGCUAGAAUCGGAAAUACUUUGGAAACAUUCAAAGCUACAGAUCCUGAUCAAGGUGGCAAAAGUAAAGUAUCCUAUUCGAUUGAUAGAAGUUCCGAUAGGAAAAGGCAAUUCUUUAUCAACGAGAAUGGUACGGUAUCCAUACAAAGAAGUCUCGAUCGCGAGGACACACCACGUCAUCAGGUUAAAAUCUUGGCCAUCGACGACGGCAUACCACCAAAAACUGCGACAGCUACUUUGACAGUUAUCGUUCAGGAUAUUAACGACAAUCCACCUAGAUUCCUAAAAGAUUAUCGACCAAUCUUGCAAGAACAUCUUCAAACGAGAAAAGUCGUUGAGAUUUUAGCCACCGACGACGAUGACAGAUCUAAAAGCAAUGGUCCACCGUUUACUUUCAGAAUGGAUCCAAAUGCCGAUGAUAUUAUCAGAGCUAGUUUCAGAGUCGAAAGCGAUAACAAGGGAGCAAAUGGAGAUGGCAUGGCUAUAGUUUCGUCUUUACGAUCAUUCGACAGAGAACAACAGAAGGAAUACUUGAUACCUAUAGUUAUCAAGGAUUCUGGAAAUCCUUCAAUGUCUGGAACAAGUACAUUGACUGUUAUAAUCGGUGACAGUAACGAUAAUAAAAUGCAACCCGGUUCUAAGGACAUUUUUGUAUAUAAUUAUGCAGGACAAUCACCUGAUACCGAGAUAGGUCGAGUAUACGUUUACGAUCUGGACGAUUGGGAUUUGCCAGAUAAAAAGUUUUAUUGGGAAAGUUUAGAACAUGCGCAAUUUAAGUUGGAUGAGGAUACCGGAAUGAUAUACAUGAAAUCAGGUACGCACGAUGGAAGAUAUCAUCUUCGUUUUAAGGUUUACGAUCGAAAACACACGCAAACGGACGUACCUGCGAAUGUAACGGUCAUAGUUAAAACUAUACCUCACGAAGCUGUUCUUAAUUCUGGAUCCGUUCGAAUAUCGGGUAUUACGGAUGAAGAUUUCAUACGUGUUUGGGAUUAUAGAUCGCAGAAUUUAUCUCGAAGUAAAGCAGAUUUAUUCCGAGAAAAAUUGGCACAAUUAUUAAGCAUAGAUAAAGAAUACGUCGACGUAUUUAGCGUACAAUUGCGAAGGAUGCAUCCACCUUUGACCGAUGUUAGAUUCGCUGCUCAUAGUUCACCUUAUUAUAAACCUGUCAGACUAAAUGGAAUAGUUUUGAUGCAUCGUGAAGAGAUUGAAAAAGAUGUUGGAAUAAACAUCACUAUGGUUGGAAUCGACGAAUGUUAUUAUGAAAAUGAAAUGUGCGAAGGAAGUUGCACCAAUACCCUCGAUAUCAGCAGUUUACCUUACAUGGUUAAUGCCAAUAAAACAGCUUUGGUUGGUGUUAGAGUAGAUGUGAUAGCCGAAUGUACAUGCGGUGCAAGAAACUUUAGCAAAAGUGAAUCAUGCCGAAGCAGUCCUUGCUACAAUGGUGGCCGUUGUAUCGAAGGAAGAUUCGGUUUAUCGUGUCAAUGUCCUUCCGGAUAUAACGGGCCAAGAUGUCAACAAACGACUAGAAGUUUUCGUGGCAAUGGUUGGGCUUGGUAUCCAGCUCUGGAAAUGUGCGAUAAUAGUCAUUUAAGUUUUGAAUUUAUUACAAAAAAAUCGGAUGGAUUGCUAUUGUACAAUGGUCCUAUUGUUCCACCGGAAUCCGACGAGAUUAUGGUGUCUGAUUUCAUAUCGGUCGAAUUAGAUCGUGGAAUACCAAGGCUUUUAAUAGAUUUCGGAUCUGGCACUUUGGAAUUGAAAGUCAAACCUAAAAGAACCUUAGACGAUGGAGAAUGGCACAGACUCGACAUAUUCUGGAAUACCGAGACGGUAAAGCUUAUCAUCGAUUACUGUAAAGCCGCUGAAAUAACCGAAUUAGAAGAUGGUACACCUUCGGAGUUUAACGACACGUAUUGUCAAGCGCAAGGCACAGUACCACCGUUCAACGAAUACUUAAACGUAAAUGCACCUCUUCAAAUUGGUGGGCUUUACGUUGAACAAUUCGAUCCAACUCAUUACAAAUGGAAACAUAUGCCAGUUGGGAAAGGUUUUGAUGGUUGCAUAAAGAAUCUAUUUCACAAUAGUAAACUUUACGAUCUGGCACAUCCAGGAUUAUCGAGGAACAGUUUUGCAACUUGUACGCAAACAGAAGACAUUUGCAACAGUCAAGAAUUGACGUUCCGUUGUUGGGAACACGGAACAUGCGUUGGUAAUUUCUCCGAAGCAAGAUGCCAAUGUAAUCCUGGUUGGACUGGUCCUGGUUGUAUGACUCCAACGAUACCUACAACAUUCAAACCACAGAGUUACGUCAAAUAUGCAUUAUCCUUCGAACCCGACAAAUAUUCAACACAGGUGCAGUUGAGAUUUCGAACACGUGAGGUUCAUGGUGAACUUUUCCGAGUGAGCGAUCAGCAUAACAGAGAAUAUGCUAUUUUGGAAAUCAAAGAUAGCCGAUUACACUUUAGAUACAAUUUAAAUAGUCUUAGAACUGAGGAACGUGAUAUUUGGUUAAGUGCAAUAGCAGUAGAUGAUGGUCAAUGGCAUACCGUCAGAGUAUCCAGAUAUGGUUCAGCUGCGACUUUGGAAUUGGAUGGUGGAGAAGGUCGAAGAUUCAACGAGACAUUUUCAUUUGAAGGUCAUCAAUGGCUUUUGGUUGACAAACAAGAAGGAAUUUAUGCCGGUGGUAAGGCCGAAUAUACAGGUGUUAGAACGUUCGAAGUUUACGCAGAUUAUCAGAAAGGUUGUUUGGACGAUAUUAGAUUAGAAGGUAAACAUCUCCCAUUACCCCCAGCUAUGAAUGGGACACCAUGGGGUCAAGCAACAAUGGCGAGAAAUCUUGAACGAAAUUGUCCUUCGAAUAAGCCUUGUGCCAAUGUUAUUUGCUCCGAACCUUUCGAAUGUAUCGAUCUCUGGAACGAAUACGAUUGCACUUGUGGUGAAGGUAGAAUACCCUCACCCGAUAACAAGGGUUGCAUGGAUAAAAACGAAUGCAUAGACUAUCCUUGCCUGAAUGGUGGUAGAUGUAUCAAUCAAGAUCCACGAUAUCGAUAUCGAUGCAUUUGUCCUGAAGGAUUUUGGGGUGAAAAUUGUGAAUUGGUACAAGAAGGUCAAACGUUGAAACUCAGCAUGGGAGCACUUGCAGCCAUUCUAGUUUGUUUAUUAAUUAUUCUUGUUUUGGUGUUGGUAUUCGUCGUUUACAAUAGAAGAAGGGAAGCUCAUAUUAAAUAUCCUGGUCCUGAUGACGAUGUUAGAGAAAAUAUCAUUAAUUACGAUGACGAAGGUGGUGGAGAAGACGAUAUGACGGCGUUUGACAUAACGCCAUUGCAAAUUCCAAUUAAUGGUCCUAUUCCAGAAAUGGGUGGAAAAUUAGCACCGUGUAAAGUAGCCUAUCCAUUAGGACCGGAGCCUAACGUGGGUAUUUUUAUCGAAGAACACAAGAAAAGGGCCGACAGCGAUCCGAAUGCACCACCCUUCGACGAUUUACGAAAUUAUGCGUACGAAGGUGGCGGAAGUACAGCCGGUUCGCUUUCGUCUUUAGCUUCGGGAACAGAUGACGAGCAACACGAGUACGAAUACUUGGGCGCUUGGGGUCCUAGAUUCGACAAACUUGCAGAUAUGUAUGGUCCUACGACAGAAGAAAGUGAGGAAGAAGAUUAGAUGAUAUCUUUUGUCGAUUAAUUAAUAAUAUAAUGUCCAUCGAAUUUUGUCCCCACGAUCCAAAUUUUGGAAGUAUUCGUGUAUGUUGUAAAAAAAAUCUAAAACGAAGAAAGAACAAAGAAGAAAUAAUAAAUAGAAGAUAAAAUAAGGAUUGGAAGAAGAAGAUGAUGAAGAAGAAGAAACCGCGAAAGUAGAAAACUUGGUCUGCAAAUGAUUUUUUUAGGUGAGAUUCGAAUGAUCGAUAAAAUGAUGAAAUAGUUCGUCGAGAUCUCGAGAGGAGAAGGUAGAGGUGGGUAAAAGAAUAAAAGACUAUGUCGUAUGAAAAUAUAUGUGGAUGAUCGUAAAAGAAAGAAAGAAAGAAAGAAAGAAAGUAAAAUAAGGUGCACCGAUGCAACGAUCGGUGAGAAAGUUCAAAACACAUAGUUCCAAAGUGAUCUCAGCGAGAGCUAUAUUACUACGUCUGUCGCAUUAUGAACGUUGCAAUAAUUUUUCGAGUCAUACCUUAACAAAUGGUAUACGUAUGUAGGUGGUACAUAACAAAAAGAAAAAAGG